AUGUUGAUCCCCCUCCAACCGAUGCAGCGCCUCUUCUUCUAUGAGGGUGACGACCUGCCGCCCUUCCGUGCCCUGCUCGCCACGCUGCAGUCCUCCCUCGCCGCCACGCUCGCCGUUUUCACCCCGCUCGCCGGCCACGUCGCGGUCUCCAAGUCGGGGGACGUCGUCAUCGACUGCUCCCCCGAAGUCGUUUCCCAGGGUGUCAGGUUCGUCGAAGCCGAGUACGCCGGCAGCACAGACGACAUGCGCCGGCUUGCAAUUGCAAGCGACGCCGAGCAUGACGUCGAGGCGUACGCGCAGCUCGUGCCUGCUCUCGUGGAGAGCACGCUGCCGGUCCCUGCACUGGCCGUGCAAGUGACGAGGCCCGCGGACACGGAUGACAGAGGCGGGAUCGGAGCCGUGGUGGUCGGCGUGUCCAUGAACCAUGGAAUGGCCGACGGCCGGGCGCAGUGGGAGUUCAUCCGGGCGUGGGCUGCCGCAGCUCUGGGCGGCUCGCCGGCCUUUAUCCUGUUCGGGAGGCCGUAUCGUAUCGUGGAUUAUUUACUGUUGGCUGGUUUGGUGUGAGAGAAAAAUACUGUUCCUGAUUGAAAAUUUACGAUCGUUUACGAGCGAGCGAACAGGCUGCUUGCUGGGACCCUGCCGCCGGUUUUCGACCGCGCGGUGAUCAACAGCCACCCCAAGGCAGAGGCGGUGGCGCGCAAGUUCGUGCGAAUCUUUGCGCCAGCGUUGCCGACGGUGAACGCACUCCCCGGACCGGACCUGACACAACAAGGGAGAAGGACCUACCUGCUCAGCGCCAGCCAGAUCCUGUCGCUGAAGCAACGCAUUUCACUGCAGAGCAAACGCGCCGACGGCGACAACGCACCGGCCGCCGUAGCGAAGCCCCCGACCACCUACGCCGCCGUGGCGUCCCUGGUCUGGACAUCCGGCAUCCGCGCCAAGAACGCCCUGAGCCGCGCCGAGGACGAUGCCUACCUGUCGUUCGCCGCGGACUGCCGCGCGCGCCUGCGCCCGCCCAUGCCCGCCGCCUUCUUCGGCAACUGCGUCAAGCCGUGCUAUGCGAGGGCCACGGUGGGAGAGCUCAGGGACGGCGGCGUGGGCGCGCUCGCGCGGGCCGCGUCGGCGAUAGGGUCGUCCCACCGGUUCGCCGCGUACGAAACAGACUUCGGCUGGGGCAAGCCGAGCCGGGUGGAGCUCGCGUCGGCGUUUGUCCGGGAGUUCGUGGCGCUGGUCGGGGCGCCGGAAGGUGCUGUACAGGUGUCCGUGGCCCUUGAUCGGGGCCGCAUGGAAGACUUUGAGGCCAACUUCUUGUCACAGCUGCAUGGUUCGUAA